ACUCUGCUCGAACAGACAGUUGUGAUUGAAUGGUACAGCUUUAAGUUGAGAAUAAAAUUACGAAAAAGUUUUUCUUCACCAGAAAUAUUCUAGAUGAAGGUGGUUUUGAACUCGAUUUUGGCGGACACGAGUUUAGAUGCUCCGCCAAAAUCAUUAUUUAGUGACAUAUAUUCCAGAGUCUGCAGCAGUUUAGAUCUCAAAGAAACAUGGUAUUUCGGCUUAUAUUACAAAGCUGAACGUUCGAAUAAUUCAAUAUGGCUGGAAACUUCGAAGAAGGCUUUGAAGAAGAUACCUGCGGCAACGAAAAACUUGAGCUUCAAAAUAAGAUACUACCCAGAGGAUGUGUGUCAAGAACUAUUCGAAAAUAUAACUGUGCAAAUUUUUUAUUUGGAAAUGAAAAAAGCCAUCACACUGGGCGAUAUCUACUGUCCCGCCCAUACCGCUGCUUUGUUGGCUUCAUAUUCAUUGCAAGUUGAAUUUGGAAAUUACAAUGAAAAUAGAUUCAACAGAUAUCUAAUGAAUCAUCAUAAUUUUUUGCCGCAUAGGAUUAUGAGGCAGUACAAAGUUGAUCCCUCUACAUGGACCAACAGCAUAGUGGAAAUGUGGAAAAAAUUGGCUGGAAUGGAUCCCGAAGACGCCAUGAUGGAAUAUCUAAAAUUAGUUCAAAAUCUAGAUAUGUAUGGCGUUACUUACUUCAAUAUUGUGAACAAGAAAAAAACCAAACUGUUGCUGGGAGUGACCGCUCUAGGAAUAAACAUAUAUACACGAAGUGACAAGUUGACACCGCAGUUGUCCUUCUCUUGGUCCGAAAUAAAGCAACUAAAAUUCAAAGGAAAGAAGUUCAUCAUUAAAUUUAUGGGUAGAAAAGUCCCUAGCUUUAUUUUUCAUACUACCGAUAAAAAAAUAAGCAAACAAAUUCACAGUUUGAGUCUUGGAAACCGUGACCUCUACAUAAGAAGAAGAAAACCCGAUACUCCAGAAGUGGUUAUUCUAAAAGAAAAGGCGAGAGUUUUGAGGACGCUCAGGGAGAAGAACAAGGAGAUGCAGACUUUGGAAAUAACGAAUAAAGAAAACUCCUUGCGUGACAAUGAAGAGUACCAUCAUCAUUUGCAGAAGCUUCAAGAAGACCUUGAAUUCACUAUUCAGAAAAUACAACAAGAAAUAGCUGCAAAACUCGAGGAAAUGCGAAAGUUACAGGAACAAAUAGAGAAGGCGAAAAAAGAGGAGGAAGAGUCAAGAAUUCAACAACAAAUGGAUGAAAGAGAGGUACUCAAACGGAAGGCUAAAUUGAUACAUGAUGCUAGAAUUCAUCGAGAUUUAGAAAAUUUGUUCAAUUGUGAAAACAUUCAUCUCCCAGAAAUUGUUCCUGUGAGUGAUAAACUACAGGAGCAUUUGAAAAUUCUUCAGGAUCAACUCGAAAAUUCGAUUGAGGAAGAAGAGGAAACAGUAUUUGAUAGAAUUUACCGAAACAAUAACAGAGAAGAUAAAGAUAAAUACAGAACACUUUCAGACAUAAGAGGUGUCAAUUGUGCAAGAAGAAUUAAAAUGUUCGAUAGACUCUGAUACAAUUGCAAUUUCUUAUACUCAUAUUAUGUGUUCAAUUGAAAAAUAUAGUUUUUUUCUCUGAAUGAUACCUUCGAACUGAUAUUGAAUUUCAGUUCGAUGACAUGCGGUGGCGGUGUAUCAUAGGUUGGAAGAAAAAAAUUCCUUUAUAUAUACAUAUAUACUUUUCAAUUAAAUAAUGAUUUCAAGUUGAAUAUAAUAUUCAACAAUAUCAUGUUAACUGAAAAAAAAAACAAAAAAAAAGUAAUUAUAAUGAUUAUGUAUUUUUAAUAAUACGUGAUUAAACAGCAAAUUAUUUCUGCAAA